CAAUGAAGCGCUGUGUGUGUUGUGGGCGUGGCAGUCGCGGUGCAUGACGGGCGUUGUUGGGGAAUUCCCAACACGAGGACCGCGGACUCCCGAUCUGUCUGCUCCCGAUACCGUGUCUUCCUCCUGUUAUGGAUCCGCCAAGUGAGACCGGGAUGGACCCUCCGCUGAGUCAGGAAACAUUUGAGGACUUGUGGAGUCUGCUGCCUGCCAGUAUCCACACUGUAAAUGGUCCGGAAGAUUCCAUGCUGGACUUUGGGUACACGCUGCCUGUCGAAAUGUCCGUCUUACAGGAGGGCGGGAUCAGCAGUUCUUACGCCCCGGUCCCCUCUUCUGCUGUCCCCUCCAUAGAGGAUUAUCCUGGACAGUAUGGCCUGAAACUGGAGUUCCAGCAGAACGGGACAGCGAAGAGUGUGACCUGUACGUACUCCACGGAUCUGAACAAGCUGUUCUGUCAGUCUGCGAAGACUUGUCCCGUUCUCAUCCGGGUGCAGAUCCCUCCUCCCUGCGGCUCCCUACUCCGUGCCGUCGCCGUGUACAAGAAAUCCGAGCAUGUGGCAGAGGUGGUGAGACGGUGCCCUCACCACGAGAGAUCCACGGAGCUGGGAGACG